UCAUGCUCAUAUCUGUCUGUCUUCCGUGCCUCUGGUUUCAAUCUGAAUACUCCAACGACGCUAGAAGACACCAAGCUGCGGUGGCCUUAAUUAGCGCUCUUUACUAAUGAAAUUUCCACACAACACUCCAUGAAAAGCCCACCUUCUUUGAUCAUUAAUUCAACCCCUAGUUCAUAAUCAUCUUAUAUCAACCCAUCUCUUUGUUCCAAUUCCAUUUCCAAGAUCGAAAAAGGAAAAAAUUUUCCCUCUUAGAAAUGGAUCUUGAAGAAUGGGAAAUUCUGCCGCAUGGGGGAUUUCUUGAUUACAAUGAAGAUGGUGAAAAAAAGAAUUUUGCAGCAAGCAAACGCAGUUCUAAUUCAAAAAGUGUGUUCGAUAUGAACUACUUUGUGUGCCCAUCUUCACCUCCAAGAAAAACAAGGAUGGUGCCUAAUCAACUUGUCCCAGUUCCAUUUCAGUUGGAACCAACAAGAAUCACCACUGGUAAGGAUCAAGAGGAUAAAUCAAAGGCUAUUGACAUAAGGGUGAUGCCUUCUGUGAUCAUGCCAGAAGUCAAAGGUCCUGACAUAGCUUCAAAAGAAGCUGAUCAAGAUCCGGUUUCCCAAGUUUUCUUCAAGAAAAUGAAGGAAAAUGAAUUUGUCGACAUGAAAAUGGACUCUCCCAAGUCCCCAACAAGCAAAAGUUUUGUGCCUCCUCAAAUUGAUGCUGGCAAGUUUAACUUUGAGGAUAAAGGUGAGACCUUGGAGACCAAGAUUAGUUUCCCAAGAAUCAAGAAUGAAAAAGAAAUUGUGGAAGUGGAGGAGGUUAACUGGGAGGAGAAUAAUGGUGGCUUGAAUUUAUGGAAGUGGAGCUUGAAUGGGAUUGGAGCAAUUUGCUCCUUUGGUGUUGCAGCUGCUACUGUUUGUAUUAUCAUUUUUGGAAGCCAACAAAGAAACAAGCAGCAGCAGCAACAGAACCAAAAGCUGAGGUUCCAGAUUUUCAGUGAUGACAAGAGGAUCAAGCAAGUGGUUCACCAUGCAACAAAAUUCAAUGAAGCAAUUACAACAGUAAGAGGAGUUCCCAUUUCUAGAGCUCACAUAACUUAUGGAGGUUACUAUGAUGGUCUUUGAAGCAAAAUUCAUAUUGCUGUCAAUUGUAGUGAUGGAUCUGUCAUGCCUAUAUGUAAGCUUUUUCAAAGGUUUGUUCUUCAUAUUUUGUACAUGAAAAAAAAAAAAAAAAGGAGAGAUUCAUAUCUGUACAACUGUAUUAGAGAUUCCUUAUGCUUAUGUACAAGUCAGUUAUAAGAGGUCGGUAUCUUUAUUGUGGUCCACUUUAGCACUAGCUAACCAAUUAUCUACUUAAUCAAGCAGUCCCUAAAUAUUGUUAUAAUAGUUUUAAUGUAUAAUCAGAAUAUUUACAGAUUUUUGCA